GGUCCUCCGCCCGCCAUGGCCUCAAUUAUCCUCGCCCUUUCGUUCUCAGAGAUUUCUGACUCGUUGUACCGUAGUAGCGUGCCGCCAUGUCUGUCAAGAUCACGGGAUUCGAGACGCACGACGUCCGCUUUCCGACCUCGCUCACGGGCGAUGGUACGGACGCCAUGAACACGGACUGCGACUACUCCUCCGCAUACGUCACCCUCAAGACCUCGUCCGCCCUCGUCGGGCACGGCAUGACCUUCACCAUUGGCCGCGGGAACGACAUCGUCUGCAUGGCCAUCCAGGAACUCGCGCGCCGCCUCGUCGGCAAGGAUGUCGAAGAGCUCUUCGCAAACAUGGGAAAGACGUGGGAAUAUCUGUGCUCCGACCCCCAACUGCGCUGGAUCGGCCCAGAAAAGGGUGUCAUCCACAUCGCGCUCGGCGCCGUCGACAAUGCACUGUGGGAUAUGUACGCCCGCGCGCGGAACAAGCCGCUUUGGAAGCUCAUUGUCGACAUGACCCCCGAAGAGCUCGUCUCCGCAACGGCCUUCCGCUACAUCACCGACGCGAUCACGCCCACGGAGGCGCUCGCCAUGCUGAAAGCCAAGGCGGGCACCAAGGAUGAGCGCGAGGCGACGGUGCGCGAGCGGGGCUAUCCUGCAUAUGUGACCAGCGCGGGCUGGCUCGGGUACAGCGACGAGAAGGUCGCGCGGCUGACGCGCGAGGCGGUCGCGCAGGGCUUCAACCACUUCAAGAUGAAGGUCGGCGCGGACCGCGACUCGGACCUGCGGAGGGGCAAGAUCAUCAGGAGUAUCAUCGACGACCCGCAGUACGGGACGCCGCGCGACCCGGAGGGCCCGGACUUGAAGGGGAAGAACGCGGGGCCGACGGGGAGCGUACUCAUGAUCGAUGCGAACCAGGUGUGGGACGUCCCACAAGCGAUCGACUACGUGAAGAGUUUGGAGGAGAUCAAGCCUUGGUUCAUCGAGGAGCCUACGGCGCCCGACGACAUCCUCGGCCAUGCCGCCAUCCGGAAGGCGCUGAAGCCCCACGGGAUCGGCGUCGCGACGGGCGAGCACGCGCACAACCGCAUAGUCUUCAAGCAGCUCCUGCAAGCCGGGGCGAUUGAUGUCUGCCAGAUCGACUCCUGUCGCCUUGCAGGCGUGAGCGAGGUCCUCAGCGUCCUGCUCAUGGCAGCGAAGUUCGGCGUGACGGUGUGCCCGCAUGCGGGCGGUGUCGGUCUCUGCGAGUAUGUCAUCCACCUGAGCUUGAUCGACUACAUCGCCAUCUCGGGGUCGAUGGAGCGCAACGUGCUCGAGUUUGUGGACCACUUGCACGAACACUUCCUCUACCCUUGCUCGAUCAACAAGAACGGGCGGUACAACGUGCCGAGCAAUGCUGCUGAGGGUUACAGCAUCGAGAUGCACAAGUCGAGCAUCGCGGAGUUUGAGUGGCCGCACGGGUCGUAUUGGGUGAACUCUCCGAAGAAGGCGCAGUAGCUAGCUCGAAGUUGCAUCGCGAUAGGGUUGGUCGAGAAGUAACACACUGUUGUAAUGGAAUGGGGAACCAUUGCUGUAUCAUCACGAUGGUCAUGGCACCCCGAGGGAUGAGACGGAGAGGCAGCAAGGACAAUGACCUUCAAAGCUCACACAUAGGGUCCUCUGCUGAUAAAUUUGAUAUUCAGAGAAGAAGACAAGUUCCAUAGACAU